UAUAUCUGUCUAAUUUUUAUUUAUGUAAAAAACGGUCCUUGCCUGAAUUCACAAUCAAAAGAAUCUACAAUGAAAUCAAACGAGCAUACCAAGGCCGAGGAGAACACCCAUCAAAAUCGUGGAUACUUCUCUGAGAAAGCAACUAAAUUUGGUCGUCUUGUUGACGAAUAUCCAGAAAGCACGCAAAAUGUCGCUCCUGCUGUGAUGUACCCUAUGCACGCGUGGCGCAUUCAAACGGAGCAAUAUUCACCGGUUCUCCAGAACUUACAUACGGUUCGUCGUGAACAUUACCUGGAACCUGCACAGAAAUGGAUACGAUAUCCUGGCAAAAUCUCUAUAGCAUUUCCAGUACAAACUAUCAAACCGAAGGUCCAACUCGUACACGACAUCAUCCCCGGACAAUUGCCCAGGGAAGUUGAGGUGGAUCGACGACGGAGGAAGUAUGCCAAAAUGAAUAUUCAGGAUCUACUAGGAGAGGCUGGGAUCGACAACUAUCGACUGACUCCUGUUCAUGUUCUGGAUACUGUUGCGCCAAUGCUUGAGAAAAACCUGAGUAUAUUUCACAGGUGUUGUUUGUUUCCGCUUGAAUGGUUUGACAAUCAGGACUUUGAUCCAAUGACUCCACACGAGUGGCUUCAACUGGGUUACGUAGAUGGUCUUCGGCAUCCAAUACCCGCUGAAGCUUUUCUGCCGAAUCGGUUCAUUCAGGAUAGUCCUCGAAGGAAAAAUAUUUUUAUGGCAUUCCAGUCUAAUGAGCCACAAGACGUGUCCUCAAUGAGUGUGAUGCAACAAGAAAACGCAAAAAUCAAGAACCAUUUGUACACCUGGACAAAAGUCGCUGUGAAGAACUAUGAUCCUGCGGCAGACAAGUGGAUAGUAACUGACUUAGCUACAACCAAAAAUUACAAGAUUCCGAGGAUUUACCUAAUGUUCACUGCAGAGAAUCCGCAGGAGUUUGUGAAAAGGAUUAGGUAUGCAGUGGAUCUCAGGGAUAAAUGUGAACGAACUCUUAAAUUUGAGGUAAUUGUGGAUUGUCUUCAGUUGACAGGUUUGCCAAAACUUCAGCCUGCAAUGCUCAAGAGGAUGUACAAGUUAGCCAAGAACACGAUCAGGGAUCCAAACAAGGAAUGGUUGGACGAUCUUGAAUUGCAGGUAAACCUGAUGCAUCAACGGGUUCACGCUGCCAUGGACUUCAAGGAUAACGUUCUGAAGAAUCCUGAGGAAUUCUUUUUUGUACAAAUUCCAGAAAAUACUUGUACGAUGUAUAGGCCUUCGGUUGAGAGUGUUGGGAAAGAGAAGUUCAGCGAACUCCUUCUAUUGUUGAAACAGAACACAAUAUUCUAUGUACAACAGUCAAUUAGCGCCAUGUAUAAGGUCGCAUCUGAAUGCGAGACCAUCGAAAAGCAGUCCCUGUUUAUGCUCUCGACGGGUAAGACGACAACUUUGAAGGACUUUGUGUCGACCCAGCAGUAUACCUGCAAUACUGUUUCGAAAUAUCUGAAAGGAUUCUGGUUGGAAAACAUGACUGGCCAGAUUUGCAUGCGAUUACGGGGUGUAGGAAAGGGAUGGCUCGAUUUGACCAUUCGUGACUGGGGAGUUUAUAAGGUGUCAAAGAUAUACAGAUUUCUGCGCCAGGUCAAAUUCAGGAUGCAAGACGCCCUACAUAGGUUUCUUGAACGGUCGAUUUUGGGUUAUUGUAAAUUUUUGGGUGAUCCAUGCGAAACUAUUAUGGAAGGUGUUGAAGAGCCUUUUGAAUGGAUAUACCCGUUCAAUGUUAGUCCAUUUAAGCCAAAAACUUCACACAUUUUCUUUCUGACACUAAUGAUGAGCGAAAAAGGAGCUUAUUAUUCGACUGAUCCUGAUGAUUUCCGCCCAGCGAUUAUUGACGUUUUGGAUGAAGCUCUGUUGCAGUGUUGCGGGAUUCAUCAAGUAGAUCCUAACGUCAUGUCUUCUUUGGUCUUCCAGAAUGAUUUGUACCUGCAAAGCGUGGUCCUUGUGGAGGAUCUGAUUGAGGAGUUCCGUGAAAAGUUGAUAAUCAUGUACGAUCGUGCAACGGUACCUCUUAAAGCAUAUGCUGACAAGUUUGAAGAGUUUUUACCCUUGUACCUAAUGAAUGUUGCAGACUACGUGAAGGAUUUUUUCGGGACAGAAAAGACACCUUAUGAAGUCAAGGAGGAGGUCCUUAGUCAGGUUCGUCUUCGUGAUCAGCAUGAAAACGACCUGCCGAAGACAAUCGUAAUUGGACCAUUCUUGAUUAACGUGGAUCCCUUGAAACAGUUGUUGGUUAACAAAAGGAAGGAAAUAAUAAAGAAACACCUGGAAACCUACACCGAAAAACUCCGUAAGAAAACUGAGACUUUGAUCGGUCAGCUAGAACAGAUAAUGAUGAAAGUCUCUGAGAAGGCAAUGUCCAUUGAGCAUAUGCUGGCAAUUCGCGAAUUUGCAGAGACCGUACCAGACACCUUGGUCGAGCUUAGCGAAUCAUUGAGACAAAUACUCGUUGAAUACGAUAUCCUUGAUUUCUUCUGGCAUAAUCUGUCAAACGACGACUUUGCCUUAAAAUGGGAGGCGAUUGGCUGGCCACACAAGAUCAUUCGCUGUCUGGACGAUUUGCAUGAUAUACAGGAGCUUGAAACUGAAGAGUUCAGGAAGCAACAAAUCAACGAUCAAAUAUCUUUUAGCGAUCGCCUGGAGUCCAUAAACGAAGAGAUUAUGAAGUAUUCCCGAUAUUGUGAUCCCAAUAAAGCUACUGAAAAUGCUACCGAGUUGAAGAAAACCUGGAAAGUCAUGCAGGAGUUGGAAAAACUGGGCGAGACACUUCAGCAACGUCAAGUCCUGUUUGGGCUAUCGUCAAUGAGCCUAGAUGUGAUGCAGGGAAUCAUGCGCAAUCUUGAACGUUACAAGUCCUUCUGGUUUGCAUGCGCAGACUUCCUCAAGUACGAGGAAAUCGCCUACGGCAACAAUUUGGUUAACGUAGAUGUCGUUGAACUGAGGUCUACGAUCACCGGCAUUAUAGACAGUUUAAUUGAAGCCAAGGAGAAUUUUCGUGAACAUCCUGAAGUUUUGGAAGUGUGUGAUUAUUACCUGGAUCUUAUAGAGAAGUUUCAGCCAUCGUUGGAGAUUUUGGAAUAUGUGCGGGCCCCACAUUUUACGAUUAUUCAUUGGCAGGAGCUGAUCAAACGCGCCGAAUUGGAUAUGAAGUAUUCGAGCUCGAUUAACUUCCGCUAUUGUAUUAAUAAGGGCAUCUUGGACCAUGUGGAGUUGAUUAAAGAGAUUUGGGAGGCGAGCAAGCACGAGGCUGAAUUGGAAGCCCAGGAGGCCGCUGAGGAAGAAUUGCGAAAACAAGAGGAAGCUGAAGCUAUGAUUGAAAAGAAGAAGAAUCGAAAAGGACGAACUGACAUUUGAUGGAAAGGAGUUUGAUUGGUAUUCUGGUUAGCAGUUAUGUUAAGGGAGUUCUGUAAUGUUUGG